AACUGGCAGAGCAAAACACUUAGUGAUAUUUGCAUGAGCACAACUACAAGUUCAAGUGUCUUUGCUGCUGUGAUCCCAAAUCAAACAAGCAGAGGAGGAUAGCUUUUGUAAGAAGAGAGAAGAAAAGAUGCUUGAUACUCUUGGACUCAUUUGCAUGAUGUGGUGGUGUAUGAUGCUAUUCCAUCCCUUGCAUGCUGACAUCCAGUAUGUAGAGCCAGAGGCUCAAGAAUCACCUAUUGCAAAUGUGAAAAUGAAUUGGAAAAAAAUGGAACUGACCUGGGACAGCAGCAAAAAUUACUCUAAGUACAAAUGUACCAUCAUGGACAGGGACAUUGAAAGUAUACAGACAGAGGUGGAUAGUCCGUUAUGCAGGUUUCCAGUGGAACUAUACCUGCCUCUGCACAAAGGGGUAUUCCUUACUAUUGAAGUGCCAAACACAAACAUCUCAAAAACCUUCACCUUUAUCCCUGGAGGUAAUGUUUAUAGUCUGGGCAUAAAUGGAUCAGCCAUUGAAAACUUCUCCUGUGUGAUUUAUAACAUUUCCUUCAUGAACUGCACUUGGCAGGCAGGCAAGGAUGCACCAGAAGAUACCCAGUAUUUUCUCUACUGGCAGAACUCCAGAUAUGACGAUGUGAAGGAAUGUGAGCUUUACAUUAAGGAUGAAAAUGGCAGAAAUACAGGAUGUAGAUUCCAAAAUGUUAGGAUAGAGACUGAAAAAGCUUACUUCUUGGUGAACGGCUCUAGCAAAGACUCCCUGAUCCAGUUCUAUGAUGAGUACAUCGAACUGUAUAAAAUAGAAAUACUCACUCCUCCAUUAAAUGUCACUGUCAAUUGUACUGGAGAUUCAGCAGGUUGCAUAAUUACAUGGCAAGCACCCCUUACAAGUCAUGUGGAAAAAAUAAAGUGUUUUCAGUAUGAAAUUAGCAUACAAAAUAAGGAUGAACCCAAAGAAGAAAAAAAGGAUCUUCCUGUAAGAGUAAGGAACAACAGAUACGAAUUCCAAAAUUACAAUGAAGAAAAAAAGUACAUUCUGAAAACCAGAGCACGUGGAAAAAAUUGUCUCGUAAGCUCAACCUGGGGGGAAUGGAGUGAACCCAUUGAGUUUGGUCAAGGGAAAGAUCACUUUCCUUCUGUAAUUUUAUUUCUGAUAGCACUUGGAACAAUCUCAGUGACACUGCUCCAAUAUUGUCUUUUCAAAAGGUACUGCAAUUUCAAGAGCAUAUUUUCUCCCAUACCACAACCAAGAGACAAAUUUAAUGCAUCAACUGAUGAAGAUAUCCAGACAGAAUAUGUAAAUUUACCAAAAAAAGGUUGUACUGAGGAGGUAACUAUGGUUGAAGACAUGACCUAACUUUCAAAAAAGAACACACCUGGUUUCCCCAUCUGGAUUCCCCAACAUGCAAGAAAAUCAUGGAUGCUAUUGACAAAAAGACUUCAGACUAAAAAUGAGUAUAAUCACCUGUCCCAUGAAAAUCCACCAAAAUGGAACAGAGUAAAAGAUACAGAUCAAUAACCUUUGUCAUUUUCACUUUGGUCAAAAAUACAAUGCCUGACAGCUUUUCUGCUAACACCUACUGUGAAGACUUGCUUUAACUUAGCCAGGAUUGUCCUCACCAUGCGAACAAGGCCUCUUGUCCAAAACACAGAAGAAAUUCAUCUCUUCAUUGCCAUGCUUCUUCUUUCCUCUGAAGACAACAAUUUCCUACAAGAUGACAGGACUGCUUAGGAAUGCCGCAGUAAUUACUUUUACCAGCUUCUAAUUUUUACUUACCCAGGGUACUUUCUGAAUGUAUUCAAAAUGAAUCUAUUCAAAAUGUGUUUCAAAUUGUGCUUCAACCUUCCAACCAGCAGCAUCGAACUGUUACAACAAUUAGCUUUAUGCAAAACAAAAAUGGCAAUUAAAUUACACUUGCCAAAGCUAUUCCUACUGGGCUGCCAGCCAGCCAUUUCAUGUGCUCAGUAUUUCUUCUGCAGUACUGAUAUGGACUAAUACUGCAUACUCCAGUAUGCAAGUCUUGAAAAAAAUAAAAUCCAGUGUAACAGUUGUGAGAACUGGAAUGUGAUGUUUUAAUAACUUUUAAAUGUAAAGAUUUUCUCACAUUAGUGCAUUUGACUCCUUUCAAAGGGUGUAAGCCCCAUUUCCAAUACCUUAAAACAAAAAAGUGGCUUUAUAAGCCAUUAUUUUCCUCUGGAUAGUUUCCCGUUAAAGAUACCAUCAAAAUAAAUGUAUUUCAGUGUUUCAAUAAG